AGAUCAGUGUAGCUUGUCACAGCCGGGGAUAUGCAGUGUUUCCUAAAGCUGUAAACUUGCAUACCAACCAUCUACGCCGCGCUGGUCUGAUCAUUACAACUGCUUCACACAGCUUCAGUACCAAUGGAUAAUAUAACACAUCUUCCCUUCAACAAAUCACUCGUCGACGAGUUCCUCUAUUACGAUGAUGCCAACGCCACCGCUAACAUCCUUCAAAGCACAGAUCCAGCAAACGAGACAGCCUUGGAAAUAACCCGUUCUAUUAUCCAGAAGUUAUGUGUGCCUGUGGUCGUUGCCCUCGGCUUCCUGGGCAAUGUGCUCAACAUGAUGGUGCUCACCAGACGUAGCAUGAAGUCCUCCACCAACUGCUAUCUGACAGCUCUCGCCGCUUUUGAUUCUCUUUAUCUUGUGUUCAGCUUAACUCUCAGCUUCAAACACUACGAACCAUUCCGCCACAUGCUUUCAUAUAUGCACUGGUAUCGUGUGUGUCGUGUUCUCAGCGACAUGUCUGCUAACGUGUCUGUGUUUCUUACCGUCACCUUUACCGUGGAACGUUACAUCGGAGUCUGUCAUCCCAUGCGGGGAAGAACGUUGUGCACAGUUCAGCGGGCAAAAGUCAUCAUCAUCCUAGUGGCUUUGGUGGCCAUUGCCUGUACGACGCCGGAGUUUUUCGAAAUGAGAGUGACUAAAGAAAUACACAAUAACGUCACUGUGCCGAAGGUCAUGUACACGGACUUUUCCAAGACAUAUAGCUACAAGAUUGGAUACUACUGGUUUUUUGUAACAAUUUUCACUUUUCUACCAUUGCUGUUGCUCUGCGUUUUUAAUGGAAUUCUCAUAUCAUCUGUUGUGAAAGCCGUUGAAAUCAGACGCCGUAUGACGUCACUCUCCCCUCACCGCAUUUCCAACUCACGUCACAGCGGUGAGCAACAGAAAAUCACGAAGAUGCUCAUCACUGUUGUGUUAGUGUUCCUGUUAUGUCAGAUUCCUGGUGCUGUCCUGAUGAUGUAUAGCACCUACCUUGAACUGGCUGAUGUCAAUCUGUCUAAAUCAAUGAGCAACGACCUAAAGAUUGCUGCAAAUUUUACCAACUUUCUCAUACAGAUAAAUGCUUCUAUCAAUUUCAUCUUAUACUCCCUCAUCAGUACCAAAUUCAGACGUGUUUUCUACAGAACAGUAUGUACAAAAUCAAAGAAAUAUGCGUCUAAAGCAUACAGCAAGAAUUCCGAAUUCAGUGCGAUGACCACGUACAGAUUAGCAUCACUUCAUUCAGUGCGAGAACCUGCCUAUCAUCUUGCUGGGUCUAGAAAGAUCGGAGACGCCAGUUCAAUGUGUCAGCAAGGUCUCACUCAAUAUGAGGAUGACAGUCUUCAGGAUAUCAGACAGACAUCCAAUAUGUAAAACAGAUCCUUAUAUCAGAUCAAAGGGUUUAAUUUUAUCGAAUGCCACCUGCCUUUUCUAUACUAAUCUUUGUGUAAAUGUUGAGUCCAAAUUUCACAAGAUGUUUUGUCAUUUCAAUGUACACUUCUUUUAUUUGAACGUGAAGCUCUCGUGGUUUUGAUGUGUAGCGUAUGACGUCUAGUAGAAUUUUUUAAUACUUUUGUUAUUCCUGUCCUGGAAGUCUUUGAUCAGUUUGUAGUGGAAAAACAUGAUGACGACCUGUGGCGACGCAUAUCCUGAUCCCAGACAAUUAACAUGGUCUACGAGGGCCUGUACACCUCGAACUUCAGAUUUGGUUGACGGCGUGUUAGAGUUAAUUAUUGAGCUUGACAGUUUAUUCAAAUUAUUCAUCUGCUUUGGGCAAAUCCCUGACUAAGAUCCCUGAUAUUUGAAACAGCAGCCGGGAAUGUCGAUUUUAUCAACACACCAUCAAUCAAUAUGCCAUACAAUGUUGACCACAUCCAUUGGAAGGUGAUGUAUGAUAAUCUUGUCUUCACAGAAUAUAUAUAUUUGUGUGUGAGGUUUCAGAUAAAACCAUUAUUUACCCUGAAGCGAACUGUGAUGUUCCAGAUCUUGGUUCGGAUGUCUGAGGGUUUUUUUCAAAAUUACCCUAAAUAUGUUUGCUCAAUUUCAAACUUGUUGUACUGCCAGGAGGAGGACAACGACACACACCUCCAGACAUAUCAUCACACGGUGUCACAUAUCAGUGGAACAUACACAUCACAAUGCAGUAGCGUCUAACAUAUAAACCCCCAAGUUUAUGUUGAUGGUUAUAAUUCCUGAAGUGGUUUCCUUCCUGCCAAAUAGCCGUGUGUUUAAAUCGGUAAAGUAAUUGUGUAAGAUACCAGUAAAUAACUUAAGUGUGUCGGGUUUCUAUCAACAACGUAUUCUGGCAGUUAUGCCUUCGAGACAAAAGUAGAGGCUGUACAGUUACUUAGAAUAUUGUUACGUGUUGUUACAUGUUGUUGGUCAGCGAAAACAUCAAAUUGAAGGAAGUUGUUUUUUGGAAGAAUGUUUGUUCAGAUACUAAAGUAAACAUCCGUGGAAUUUCGUUGAAAAUCGAUAAUCAAAUUGAUAAUUUGAUUAGGUGUCAUUACGUUCCAAAGUUCAGAACUGACUAACCUUAAAACACAUUUGCAUAUCACAGAGUUUUAUUAUGCUUUAUGGCUAUAUCCGUAAUGUACGUCCUACAUAUCGCGAUAGUCUCGCGAACAUUUCGCAGCACUGUCGAUAUCAUGGAAACAUUUGUUAUGUGUGUUGUUCAUCAACACCCUUUCACACUAUCGCGACUGUGGCACGAAAAUGACGCGUCCUGUUCGCCAUCGCUGGGAUGUUGAUUUUGGACAAUUGUGAAGCUGAACCCAAACUGAUCCGAAUGGCUUCGUUCCAUUCAACAAGUGGUUGAUUUUGAGGGCAUGUUAUACAUAUUAAAUGUCCCCUUUUGUAAACUCUUUUGUAACUUGUUUACAUAAAAUGUAUUUAUACACUAUGUUAAUUAUUGGUCUGGAACAUAUCAUGCAUGUCUUUCCAUUGAAGAAGACAAGGGGCAUUUUGAAUCCAGUCACAUGACAUGUUUUUCCAAAGAAGACAAGGGGUAAUUUGAAUCUAACCACAAUGAUAUUAGGGAAUAAUGAAUCCUUUGAGGGAAUAAUUUAUGAUCUAAGAAAAUGUUCUAUGACCAUAUGACCACUUCUGGAAAAGUCGAAUGUACCAUAUACUCAUCGGUAGGGAAUCGGAAAUACCUAAAAAAUUCCAAAAUUGUAAGAGAUAUUAGUUUCUAAUAACAGUUCACUUGACGAGGCACACUGCGUGUUGCUCUCCCACUCUUCUUGGGGGGCGGUCGGGUAGCCUAGUGGUUAAAGCGUUCGCUCGUCACGCCGAAAACGGGUUCGAUUCCCGAUACAAUAUGUGAAGCCCAUUUCUGGUGUCGAAACUUACUCACUCACGCCUCUCGCCGCUCCUAGCCACGUUCAGCCAACAUGGUCGGCGGCCUAUGACGUUAACGCACACGGGAAUCUUGGCUCAUUGCUGGGCAUGACAUUCUGUGCAGGUUGUGCUGGUGACAAUUGACCAUUUGAGCACGGUGAGCCCGGGCGUUGUCGUCCUGGAUGACAAAACGUCUUCCCCACGCCUUGCAAACGGGAUAACAAAGGGUGACAAUAUGUUGUCCCGAUAGUAUUGUCCAGUGACCCUUCCGUGCACAAUAUGGAGUGGGGUUCGCCCUGUCAUGCUGAUGCCACCCCACACCAUAACCGAGCGAAAUAUGUCAUGUGGUCUCAGGUUAGCAAUGGGUUUACGCUCAGUUCGACGUCGCAAAAUACGACCACGCCUAUCAAGGAAGUGCAAAGUGAAUCGGGACCCAUCUGAAAAUAUGACCACGAUUACCCGUAUUGACGCUGUGUCACCAUUGACGUCUGUUGGCAACAUGACGAUUUGUAAGGGGCGGGACAGCACGUGGCCGUCAAGCAUGGAGUUGAGCUGCAUGUAGUCGAUUUCUAGUCGACUGCCAUGUAACUCGUACUUCAGUAGUCUAGUGAAAGUUUUCAGUGCUUUGAUUCGCCGUUUGAGCUCGACUUCGUUGAGCCUAAUUUCGGAUCAAUCGAUCAUGUACUCCUGUUGUUGACCCGAGAGGCCCUGAACGGGAUCAAUCGACAACAUUUUGGAUUUGUUGGUACCUGUUCCAUAGCCUGCCAAUCGCAGACUGUGAAACGUUGAACGUAUUGGCCACUGCACACUAUCUCCUGCCAGUCUCCAGCAUGCCAAGAGCCCGCAGACGCCGCAUCGCUCGUUCAUAAUUAAUUAACAAUUAAUGAAAUCAAGUAAACCAUAACUAUAUGAGAAGCAAAAUCAAUCAGAUUGAGAGAAAUAAUGAUCCACAGAGAUUCAACGACCUUCCUUGAAAAUGUCAAAAUCAGGAAUUGUAUAAUCUCUCGUUCAUAGGCCGGAAGCCUUUUGUACAAUAAACUUCUUUUGACUUUGAAUUACACCCUUCAGCGUGCGGCAUGUGCAAACUAUGGGAUGAGUUUUGGUGUUAACACAUAUAAACGUUCUUGCGUAGGAUGUUUGUUGUCAACAAUUAUCUUUGUUCUAAUACUUGGUAUUAACGUUUAUACUCCAUGAUCCCCAUGUCUUUGUAAGAGUAUAUAUUCUACUCUAUUGGUAUUGUUUCUCGUAACACCAUUACGAAAGGGAAAGCUACGGGUAAGCAUCUUCACAACAAAACUAGUUUUCAAAGUCACCUACCUGGCUGGACAUUAAAGACAGGAUUUCAAACAAAUAUUAGCCAGAACUCAUUAAGUGAGUGAGUGAGUGAGUGAGUAUGAUUUUACGCCGCUUUUAGCAAUAUUCCAGCAAUAUCACGGCGGGGGACACCAGAAAUGGGCUUCACACAUUGUACCCAUGUCGGGAAUCGAACCCGGGUCUUCGGCGUGACGAGCGAAGUUCAACGCUUUAACCACUAGGCUACCCGACCGCCCCAGAACUCAUUAAGGUCACGUGAAGUUCAUUUUCGAUGAUUAAUGGACGUUAUAAAAGACUAAAGUGUACCAACUGUACACUUUCUCUCAAAGUGUGAAUUGGGUCAGAUCCCAGUAGCCAGAUGGAGUCAACUUGACAUUCACUCCCGCUCUUGGCGUAGAUGAUGAGUUUUUCAUUUAGGUUGUUGUGUGAAUAUCACCAAAUGCUUUUCAAUUAUUUAUAAUAAGAUUUGAUACAGAUCAUAUGAUUUAUAUUGCACAAUGUGUUUUAAAGAUUUACCGUUAACAUUUUGAACAUUCUAUAUUUUCUCAUACUGCAUUAUGAUGAAGUGUUGUCUAUAUUUUCACGUUUUGUUUACCAGUGAUUUACUUGUCAAUUUGAAUGUAAUUGUGAAAUAAACACAUGUGGUUUGAACA